CGAGAAGACGUCCCCGCACCCCGAUCUUCGGACACCGAGCACAAGACAUUUAAAUUGGCAUGGGCCUCCGAGCCCCACACGCUUGCUCAAGCCAGUCCUCAUGCUGCUACUCACAGCGCUCGUACUCGCCAGCACCCUGCAGUUCUCCAAGCUCGUGGGCGGUGCCGACGCCGCCGUCCAUCGCCAGGGAUCCCUCUCCGACGACGCCUGUCUGGGGUUCUCACCGCGUGACCUGCCCGGAGUAACCGUUGCGCAGAGGACGUACUACCCGGCGAACGCGACCGUGCAGAUUUCAAACGACUAUAUCGGCAUCGCGUCCUCCAACCUCCCCGCGUUCUGCCGCCUCCAGCUGGUGAUCACCACGAACACCACGGCAGGCUCGGGUGCAGAAACGGAAGUGUGGCUCCCAGACGAGUGGAACGCGCGCAUGCUCACUGUGGGCAGCGGCGGGCUUGCAGGAGGAGCGGAUGUUCUAGCGCUUGGGACUCGAGCGGUAUCGCGAGGAUUUGCCGGUGUGUCCACCAACGGGGGCCACAACUCCGCGGCCACCGACGGUUCCUGGGGCGGACCCCAUGACGAUAACGCCAUCGUCGACUGGGCCUGGAGAGCUGUCCACCUCAGCGUUCUCGCGGGCAAGGAGAUUGUGAAGCAAUUCUACAACGAGGCCCCGAAAAAGUCGUACUACCUAGGAUGCUCUACCGGCGGCCGUCAGGGCCUAAAAGAGAUCCAGCUAUUUCCCGACAGCUUCGACGGCGCCGUCGUUGGCUCACCCGCCAACUGGCUCUCCCGGUUGACGUCCUGGGGCGUGUACCUCGCCCGCCUCGUUGAGCCCGCGACGUCCUCACGGUUCAUCCCGCAGGAGGUCUGGACGGGCGUGAUCACCCCAGAGGUCAUGAAGCAGUGUGACGCGCUCGACGGCGUGUCCGACCGCGUCAUCAACGACCCUCGGCUGUGCAACUUCCGCCCUGAGACUCUGGCCUGCCGCCCGAGCCAAGACCCCUCGACCUGCCUGAACGCAGACCAGAUCGCCGCACUGCGGCACAUCUACGCGGACUACUACGAGGACGGCGCGUACGUGUUCGGCGGGUUCAACCCCGGCGGCGAGGACGUGUACUUCUCGACGUACUUCCAGGCGGGCCCCAGCCCGCUCCCGACAGGCUGGCUGGAGUACAUGGUAUUGAACGAUACGGAGUGGACGAUCGACCAGUACAACUCCAGCGUGUACAAGAUCGCGGACAAGAUCAACCCCGGAGACGCGAACGCAAUCGACCCGGAUCUGCGUGCGUUCGCGGCGCCGCCGCGCAACGGCAAGGUGCUGCACUACGUCGGGCUCACGGACGACGUCAUCAGCCCGCGCAACAGCUUCCACUACUACGACACCGUGCGCGCGCACGUCGCCCGCAGCGGCCCGGGGGGGCUGGACGUCGACGACUUCUACCGCCUCUUCCCCGUGCCGGGCAUGAACCACUGUACGGUGCUGACAUCGGGCGGGCACGGGGCGAAUGCAUUCGGCGGCGUGUCCCAGCCGCCCGUCGCGCCCGACGCGGCGCACGACAUCCUCGCCGCGCUGCUCCGCUGGGUCGAGCACGGGGUCGCGCCCACGACGAUCGUCGCCACGAAGUUCCGCAACGACACGCUGUCCGAGGGCGUCGCGUUUACGCGCCCGCUGUGCAAGCAUCCGCUGGUGGUGCGGUACCGCGGAGGCGACCCGGAUGAGGCAGGGAGUUUCGAAUGUGCGUGACGUGGGUCGGCUGGAGAACGGGCGCACGGUGGCGCGGCUCGACGGGGAAGACGAGUGAGUACCGCUGGUGUCGAAGUCGUGUGGGAGUGUCAUGGCGGCAUACUGAAGUACACUGGCCUUUGUGGUACAGCGGGGGCAGAGUAGCACUGUUAUCACAUUGGGAUUUGGAGUGUCCGUGCCGCUAUGUUCCGUACUUGAUCUGUGCACGCUCUGGACGUCUUUGACGUCUUUUUCAAUUUGUACCGUGUAUUCCUUUGUAGUACGGUAUGUAUUUAUGUAUUU